AUGGUCGAAAGAGUACAAACGAAGCUUGGUCCGAAUACCCUGCUUACCAGAGCCUUCGAUAGCAUGGGAUGGGGAAAGACCCUGACUUUUCUUCCUUUUGGUCAACGUUGGCAAAUGCACAGAAAGUUCCUCCAGACUUCGUUCAGCAACACGAAUGUCCGCCGAUGGCACACUCUGCAGAUAACAGAAGCUCGACGAACGAUCCAGAAUAUACUCAAGAAGCCUGAAACAUGGGAAACGUCGUUACGCAGGCUUGCGGUUGCCAUCGUUUUGCAAGUGAGCUAUGGCACCCAAGUCCUCGAGGAUGAUGAUCCCUACAUCCAAAUCGCCAACGAUGCCAUGUAUGCCACUGGCAAUGGUGGAGUUCCUGCCAAUAGUAUUGUUGAUCUAGUUCCAUUCGGUACAGGAUAUCCACACGAUGGACCCGAAAUCUCUCGAAGACUAUGCUAA